AUUUUUUGAGUGCUCUUUCACUCUCCUCCGCCAUGCCCGACCCGGCUAAAUCCGCUCCAGCCCCCAAAAAGGGCUCCAAGAAAGCCGUAACCAAGGCCCAGAAAAAGGAUGGCAAGAAGCGCAAGCGCAGCCGCAAAGAGAGUUACUCUAUCUACGUGUACAAGGUGCUGAAGCAGGUCCACCCCGACACCGGCAUCUCAUCGAAGGCUAUGGGUAUCAUGAACUCCUUCGUCAAUGACAUCUUUGAGCGAAUCGCUGGCGAGGCUUCCCGCCUGGCGCAUUACAACAAGCGCUCGACCAUCACCUCCAGGGAGAUCCAGACGGCCGUGCGCCUGCUGCUGCCCGGGGAGCUGGCUAAGCACGCCGUGUCCGAGGGCACAAAGGCCGUCACCAAGUACACCAGCUCCAAGUGAGCUCUCGCAGCUGCCGACAAUCCAAAGGCUCUUUUCAGAGCC